AUAUGAUUGGUGGCGAGUGCAGAAGUCAAAUAAGAGCAUGUACAUCUUCUCAGAAUGUAAUCAAAUUUGUACAAGGCAGGUACCACAGUUUUUUGCAAUUAAACUUACCACCACCACAUAAUUGACGGCACGGUUAACAUAUUGGUAAAUACAUUACUAAUGUUUGGUUGACAGUCGGUGAAUCGUCAUAUAAUUUGUCGGCACAAACAAKUAAAAGAGACAUAACAUUAGCUACCUAGAGUGCAAUGAGGAGCAACUCGUCCACCUCAAUGUCUCAGACUCUCAUCUUCAGGUCUGUCCGUCAAAGCCCCCCUCUGUGUUCAAAUUUUGCACUGACACYUGGACUGUUGGACUCAGCUGCCGAGCAGUUCAUGGUUCAGAGGGAUUUCCAAGCUGCUUUCAACACAUGUGAGAGAGGUCUGGAUAGUCUUUUAAACGCGGAGCAAGACAGGUAUGGGGAGUUGAAGGCUGCACUCUGCAUUGUGGGGAUUCAAGCAAUGGCUGAACUCAAUCAAUGGCCAGGUAUACUGGCAUGGAUUCUGCAGCAUUAUGAGUGCCCUGAGAAAAUACCUGCCAAAAUAAUGCAGAUGUGCAUACUCCUCUACACCYAAGUGGGUGAGCAAGCUAUGAUGCAGGAGGCAAGCUAUGUUUGGCUGUGCUGCCCAUCCAAUGGGAGAUUGGCAGGGUUUGGGACUGUAGCAYAGCUGUAUUUACUGCAUAUUCUAGUGCCUUUAGGUCAUAUSACAGAGGCACAGAAGUUAGUUGUUGGUGAGGUGGGAGGUAUUGCAUUCACAGAGGACCAGAAACAAACAGCACUGGAUAUCGUGGAAAAUAAAGAGAACCUCAGCCAAGAACAAUCUCCAAGCCCUAAUCCCAACCCCAGUCCUGUGGUGGUGGCUGCUGGACUUAACACACCUCAAGGUGCUGUGAUUCAGAAACUUGAGGCCUUGCUUAGGCUUUUGAACAGAGGACUAUCAGUAGCUAGUGCUGGGUCAUUCACUCUUCGGAGAGUCUUUCUGGCUGCGGUCCUUUUCACGGUCCUUUUCUACGCGCUUUUUGUCCGGAUGGAUCCAGCUCAUCCCUCAUCUUUCCCCUGGAUCUCACAGCUGCUGCAGAUGCUGAAGCAGAUGUGGGACGCCAUGUUUGCUCCUUACUAUCGAGCCAGAGCUCAGAGCUAACUGUAAAACCAUACAGCCUAGUGUUGGGACAUCAUGGUUUAAAUUUGACUGAGAACCAAGAGCUCACCAUUGGCCCUCUAACCAUGUAAAUAUG